AUGAAAGUUUACAAAAUUGCUAUUGAUGGGCCUGCUGCAAGUGGAAAGAGUAGUGCAUCUGACCUAGUUGCAAAAAAACUGGGAUUUUCACACUUAAUAUCAGGAAAUUUAUACAGGGCUGUGACAUAUGCUCUGGUAAGGCAUUUUGAGGAGGUGCUCCCGGGAUCGGAAGAGCAAAAAAGAUUUGUUCUUGGAUUGGACAUAGAGGUAAGGAACAACAGAGUGUUUCUUAACAAGGAGGACAUAUCCGAUCAUCUCCGUGGCGAAGAGAUUGACCGUAAUAUUGCUUCCAUUGCGAAAGAGAAGUAUGUCCGGGAGAAGGUGUCUACUAUCCAAAAGUUGGCAAUAAGUCUUGAAAGGAAAGGGAUUGUUGUUGACGGAAGGGACAUAGCCACCAAGAUAAUGCCUGAGGCGGAUCUGAAGAUAUUUCUUACUGCAAGUCCUGAAACAAGAGCCAAAAGAAGACACCGGGAGAGCAAGUCUGAGUCCUACGAAGAAUUACUGGAAUCUAUGAUAAAAAGAGAUCAUGCAGAUAGAACAAGAGAGCACGGUCCCCUCGUUGCUGCCGAGGGAUCGAUCACGAUCGAGAAUGACCACAUGACAUUGGAGGAAACGGCCGACGAGAUCGUAAAGCUUUUUAAAAGAGUUGAAUCCUUUAAUUAA